AUGCGAGCGUCGUUAGCGGAUCCGUCUAUAUCGGGACCACCGAUAAGCAGUAGUUCCACAGGCGAGAGACCGCCGUUGCUGACACCGGAACAGGGCCGGAUUGUGCGGGAGACAUUCGCCGAGUUCGUGGAGCCAAACGCCGAUCAGCACGCCAUCAUUCUCUUCCUCAUUGUUUUCGACAUUUCCCCCGACGGCCGCAACCUCUUUUCCUACGUGCGCAACUCGACGGAACCCGCGCCGCUGAACAAGCGGCUGCAGGAGCACGCGACGCACGCCUUCGGGCUCAUGUGCGAAGCGAUCAUGCAGAUGGACGACGCGGAUGCGGUCGAGAAAAAAGUCACGCCGAAAUUCAUGUCCUUGGGGUGUAGACAUCUAAAUUACGGUGUAGCUGCUGACGAUACGCCGAUUUUCAGGACAGCAUUUUUGAAAACGUUGGGGAAGGCAAUGGGGGCCAGGUGGCGGGGAGUGGUGGAGGAUGCAUGGAGUCAAGGGUUCGACCUUUUGGAAUACGUGGUCUGCAAAGGCAUGGACAAGUAG